CAAGAUUAAUCAUUAAUGCAUUCCCUCUGCAAUUAGUACUACGACGUUUGAAGAUUUGAAGUCUGCAAUGGACGAAUCAUACUCGAAAUUGAUUUCCACUCUUCUUUUCCUCUGAAUUUCGGAUUCCUAAUCAAUAGUGUAUUCGGAAUUUUUUCUUCAUAUAUAAUGAUUAUUACCGUAAUGCAUGUAGCAGAAACGACGAAUAGGAGUAAGACGAACUAUUCUCCGCGGUAAUUGGUGUUUUCAAUUGAUUAAAACAUUCAAACUCAGCAAUUUGCUCAUUCAACUAAUCCAACUCGUCGAUUACAGUCAUAAAGACCAAUGGCUGCUUCUAAAGAUCCAUGGGUGCACCAAUAUAAUGAAGCGGCAAAACUUGCUGAAGAUAUCACCAACAUGAUAUCUGAAAGCAGUUCAUUUCCCGCAACAGGGCUAGAAACACAGCGAUAUUCGGCUUCAAUACGGAGGAAAAUUACCAUACUCGGCACCAGACUUGAUACCCUAGAGUUUCCGUCAAAGCAGCCUUUGACAGAGAGAGAAAUGAAUCGUCGCAAGGACAUGCUUGAGAAUUUAAGAUCAAAAGUAAGCCAGAUGGCUUCGACAAUGAAUAUUUCAAGCUUCGCGAAUAGGGACAGCUUGCUUGAGCCAGAAAGUAAGCCGGUUGAUGCUAUGAGUAGAACAGGACUUGACGACUCUGGGUUUGUUGAUCUUCAACGACAAAUCAUGAGAGAACAAGAUGAGGCUCUUGAGGAAUUGGAGGAGACAAUUACCAGCACCAAACAAAUAGCUUUGAUAGUCAAUGAGGAGCUUGAUCUACAUACAAGACUAAUUGAUAAUUUGGACGAAGAUGUUGAUGUUACGAAUUCCCAAAUACAGCUAGUAAGGAGGAAGCUCGCAUAUCUGAAUAAACGCGCAAAGGACGGCUGCUCCUGCUCGUGCCUACUUUUAUCAGUUAUUGCGAUCGUCGUUUUGGUUGCUGUUGUACACGUGCUCUGAUCAAAUAUUCAUGAAUACUCGUGGAACUCGAUAGGCUCCUGCACCUGGUCUUUCGCAUGCCCUGAAGAUACAUAGACAGCCUCUUCAUCUAAAUUACAAAAAAAAAAAAUAAUAAUAAUAAUAAUAAUAGUUGAGUAAAAUGGUGACUAUGCCCCACUUUGACAGCCAUUUUUCUGAGAAGAAUGAAUUUUUGAAUAAUAAAUUUAUGGAGAAUGUCUGAUUUUAA